CACAUACAAAUGUCCGCCCCCUCGUCCUCCAUCCCGCAGCGCCUCUGGGCCGCCCAGAUCCCCCUGCACAUCACUCACCGGUCCGCGCCCUCGUCGACGCCCCUGAUCACGAGCGUCCCGCGCUUCAGCUACCUGUCGCUGCUGCUGCCGCGCCUCUCGGCCUACUUCGGCGCCCCCUGCUCCAGCUUCCACUUCGAGGACGUGCAGCUGAGGAACCUGGCCGUGGGGCUGCUGGCCGACCUGUACGCCCCGAGCCUGCCCUGGCGCCUCGUCGUGGAUGACGGGGUGGCGUGGGAUAUUGGGGAUACCUUUCUGAAUAGCGUCAAGGAGGCCGACUUCGUCCGCUACGGCAACGCCAACCAAAUCAUGAAAAUGUCCAAAGAACACACCACCCAGCUCUGGAACUCCGUCAUCGACAACGACUACGCCGCCUUCUCCAAGAUACACACCCGCCUGCUCAACGCCCCGGCCACCCUCAAGCACGCCCCCAUCCGCAUCUACAUCCCCUCGAGCCCGAGCCCCCCAAACGCAAACGCCAGCGGCGGUGGUGCUGGAUCUUUCAGAAUCGUCCAGGCCCUGGUCCCCGUCGUCACGCCAGACCGCAAGCCGAAGCUGCUGGGGCAGGCCCUCAAGGACCUCAUGCCCGCGCUCUUCCCCAGCAGUCGAGAUCCCGUGCUGGCGAGCGUCGUGCUCCACGGCGUGCCGGCGCCUUUCAACGCUCCCUUGGGGGAGAUGAUGAGGGAGGCCGCAUACCCUGAUGGCUGGCUUUGCUUCGUUGUUGUCGUCUGAGGG